AUGGAGAAUUCCAUCUUUCAAAUCCUUGAAAGCAGCUCCAACAUUUGGCCUCAAUCCACCUCCAUUGAUGACUUGUUCAUCCCUCAAACUUUCACCAAUAAUAAUAUUUCUCCCAACCAAGAUGCGGAAAUGAUCACAACUCCUGAUCCAGAGCCAGAGCCAGUCAAGAAAGUCAGACAAGGGAGGAAGAGGAAAGAAAAGGAGAAAGAGAAAGAAACAUGGUACAAAGGCCCUUGGACCAAAACUGAAGACAGAAAACUGGAUAGCUUGGUGAUGCAAUAUGGCCAAAAAUGGGCAUCAGUUGCUAAACACAUGCCUCGAAGAAUUGGGAAACAAUGUCGAGAGCGAUGGCACAAUAAUCUUCGUCCCAAUAUCUCGAAAAGUGUAGUGUGGAGUGAUGAAGAGGAGCUGAAGAUAAUUGAAGGCCACAAAAUAUUUGGAAAUAGAUGGUCUCAAAUAGCAAAAUUCCUUCCUGGGAGAAGUGAAAAUGAUGUGAAAAAUCAUUGA